GUCCGGGAGCAGCUGAUAAAAGCAGGCCGUCUCGUCUGCAUUAAAAACAUGAGCUGCUGCGUAAGACUUGACCAUAUUGUGGAAGCUUUCCUCCCUCCACGUGGCUGCUGCUGUUUCAUCUGCUGCCUUCUCUUCGCCAGACACAGACUGCGAGGUUACGCCGUUUCGUUGGCGAAAACGGUGGAGCCAGCCAGAAGACGCUUCGAAGCCGGUGACCUCAAGAAUUGCAGCGAAUUGCCGCGCCUUCUCCUGCAGCAUUGGGCCUGACAUGGACACAUUCUGUGCUCUCACGUCUUUAAACCAAGUCAGCACUGCUGCGUCAAUAUUCUGGAAAUCGCCGAGCCGCAGUCGCUUCCUUGGUAGGGUAAGCUGAGAUUCUUGGUGGUGCUUCAAGAUUUUCUCUUUAUCUUUGAGAAUCGUGGCGAUCGUCGACCACGCCACUCCGUUCUUUAGCCACAUUCUUUCGCCACGACGGAUUGUUUCUUCCCGUCUUCUAUCUCGCGAAGAAUGUCUACUUUCUCGCUCAAAGAAACCUGCUUUCGCUUCUUUGCCGUGGUUAGAGUUGUUGAGCUCAUGGCAACGCGAACACCGGCACGCACUUCUAACACAACAAUAUAACCAGAAGAAAAGCAAGAUGGACAGGCCUGAUACAGGUGACAGCACGCGAACAACUGAGAAAACAAGCAAGAAAAAUGUGAUGCGUCGUCGCCUCCGCGACAGGAAAAAACGAAAAGGCCGACUUCAGCGUUAAUUACUGCUUUUUUUUUUCCUUCUGCCGCACCGUCUCAAGUUUUACGAGCCCAUGCUUCCCGCCUCUCCACUCACAAGCCAGGGGUGCGAUCGCGCAAACAGCUCGCUUUUCCGUUCUCUCGCUUGCCCUUUUGUGAUUCGUUGGCACCCGCGCGUUUCGUCUCGGCGGCCAUUGCGCCGGGGCGGGACCACAAAAUGCGCUUACCUCACACUCCUGUCAAUCAUUCCAAAAGCGAGGGGAAACGGUCGCUAGCGUGGAACGGUCGACAAGGGCAUUUGUUUCGAAGAAUGAAUGGCCGUUGCCAAAGCAGCGCUAGUAGCAGACGAUGCGCCUGUCGUCUGCUCAUAAUGUCGUCGCUCGCCGAACAUGGCUGGCCCUGGCGGGGGUCGAGUUUUUCGAGAUUAAAACGCGAUCCGCCAUCGCCGAACGUUAGCGAUGGUAAUUAUUGAAAACAACUGUGAUCACAGUGAAAUUAAAUGUUGCGCCUGCGCUGUGAUAAAUAUAAAUAGUGCUGUUUUAAUUUUGAUUGAUCCGAGUGCAUUUGUCGAGAAUGCUCGCCGUUUCACGUUGUGCUCAGAGAAUCGCGUUCAUUGUUCGGCGGUUUGUUUGGCGCUCACGAGUCGCGAUGGCCGCUCCUAUCGUCGCGCUUUUGGAGUCUCUCGGGCAGCCUCGGCAACGCAUCUUUCGGGACGCAUUUGACGAGCUUACCGAGAAAGAGUUCCACGAGCACUUCAGGCUCUCGAAGUGCACUGUGCGCUGGCUCUGCGAGCAAUUGGAAGACGCCAUCGGUGGCCUUCGGACCGGUUACAUCACGACGCAAGACGGGGUGCUUUGUGCUCUCCGUUUCUUCGCGACGGGGAGCUUCCAAAGAUCCAUCGGCAGCGAAGAAUUCGUAUCCAUGGGGCAGGCUUCCGUGAGCGAGAGCAUUCACGCAGUUGUGGAAGCAAUAACCGUGGUGGGCCAGCAACAGGGUUGGGUGAGCUUCCCUUUGACAGCGGCCGGCAAGGCUAGUGCAAAGGCGGCCUUUGCGGAUCGCGGCCGCAUUCCCGGUGUAGUGGCCUGUGUCGACGGGACGCUCAUAGCGAUCAAACAGCCCGAAGGACUAAGCCCGGGCGAGACUGCGGGCUUCAUGUCAAGAAAAGGGUUCUACGCCUUGAAUACCAUGAUCGUGUGUGAUGCCCACACGCGCAUCGUGGACAUCGAUCCCCGUUUCCCCGCAUCCUGCCACGGCUCCUACGUGUGGAGGCACUCACCACUGUUAGGCCGCCUCACACGUAACCUGCGACGUGGAGAAUGGGUGCUUGGAGACUCAGGCUACCCUCUUGAGCCAUGGCUGCUGACACCUGUGCCAGGCCAUCCAGGCAUUGACACUCCGGAGGGGCGCUACAACCAGGCCCAUGCCUCCAUGAGGAACGUUGUGGAGAGGGGUAUUGGCGUCUUGAAGGCAAGGUUCCGGUGCCUUCAAAGGUACCGGACACUCCUUUAUGAGCCCAAGAAUGCAGCCACAAUCGUGGCAGCCUGCGCCGCUCGCCACAACAUUGCUUUGAAGGCAGGGGAGCCGGAGCUGCAGGACAGUGAUGAGGAGGAGGACAACCAGCCACUGCUGCAACAGGGCUUGCCUGUGUCUGAAGGGCACCACACCUGCCGGCAAGAAACGCCCAGAGAGCUGCUGAUGAGGGCAAAGCAGAUGAGGAGCCAGGUUGUCAACCUGUUCUCUGCAGCUCCUACCUGGCGUACCACUCACCUGCGUGCGCUGCAUCGUCGGCUGAGGCAGCAACAGCAGGCUCGUCGCGCGGCUCAACCGUAAAGUCAGCCACUGCCUCCUGCAUUAGCUGGCCCAAGAGCUGCGAAAGCUGGCCCACUGGCCGCAGUGCCUCCGCAACUUGGUCAGCCAGCCGGUCUACGCCCUGGCGGAUACCACGAAGGAGCUAGAAAGAAAUCAUUACAUCAGCAUCCAUUCCCGCACAAUCGGUCAAGCACCUCUACAGCAAAGUGACCGGCACAACGAAAGAGUAAUUUUGUUCGGUCGGUUCCUAGUGUGAGGCGUGCUGUGCACAAUCUUUACAAAGUGAGCUGUAAAACGGAUGAUUUUGGUGGUCCCAAGCACUUUAGGUAUAAAGGCGCUCAACUGCAUGUAUGCUCAUUCAGAUUACCAUAUGUUCAUCAGUUAUGGGGGCAAGGACAAACACUUUCUAUAUUGUUGUCUGUCUGCACCAUUGUAUCUGUUUUUUGUUGUUGCUUUUCAUGUAGUUGUGCAAAGAAAUAUCAAUAUCAUAUGUACUUUUAUGCUAUCGAGCCGCCGGAAAGUUAACAGAUGGCAUAGCAAUGAGUUUGGGAUUGCAAAUGAGCAAGCGACGAUGACAUGUAUCACUGUAGCAAAGAAUGCUAGGCCCUAUGCUGCAUGUAUUGGACCCUGUAUAUAAGUUGUUAUUCAAGCAUUGCAAGCUGUCGCACUGCCAUUAUAUGUGAUGUUUCCCAGCCUUCCAGAACAAGUUAGCAUCAUCAAAUUUUGUGGAAAUAGCCACAGUCCUGAGUGUAUUGUGUGGCAAAGCUUUCCUGUUACUGCCUUAAUUACAACCAUUGCAACUCAUUAAUCAACAGUGUUCUCCUUUUUUAUGUUUCAAUAGUUUAUUGAGGUUUGUGUUCUCCAUCGUCCUCAAUGAACUAUGCAAGCUGUAGUGUUUCAAAGUGCGGCAAAACAAAGGAAACUUUACGGCGAUGUGCAGGCUAAAUUUGAACUGUGAGUUAGCUACAGCCUUUGCAAAUAAUUAUGAAGAUGAAGGGCCCAGAGCAUUUUAGGUGUGUUUUACAUAUGCCACUCAAUUUACCCCGCUGCCUUGGGAAAAAUGUUUCAGACAUGAUUAUUUUUGUGUGAUGGGGGAGAACGGUCACAAUCAGCAUGCGCAAUCCGAUGUGUGGUGCAAUUACAACAUAUGCGAAAAAAUUCAUUAGCUAAUACUUGAAAGUGGGCGGCCAAGGUUUGAAACGAGUAAGUCAUAUGAGGCAGUGUUUUAAAAUGAGUGAUUUAAUUACAGGCAACUUGCCAUGUUUGUGAAACUGCUCAAAAGAAAGAGCUUUAGUGGAAAUAGGAAUGUAUGAAGCUGUUAUUGUGUGAUUGAUUGCAAGUGUCCCUGUUGUCUAGUCCACCCAGUUAUUGCCUAUUGCAGAAAUGCUAAUGGCAGUGAUUACUGUGUUUGAAGCUGUUACAUUGUGUUAAUGAUUGCAAGUGACCGUGUUUAUGACCAUGUACAUAAUGUAUGAUGAUCUCGUCCGUCUCCCUUAGUCUUUUUUUUUUUUCAGUUCAGCUAUUGAAACGUGUUAGCCAUUUACAGUAGACUCUCGUUAAUUCAAACUCGAAGGAACCCCAGGAUUUUGUUUGAAUUAUCAGGAAGUUUGAAUUAUCGGAAGUUCUCGCAUAUAUGACUGAGCAAGAUUACAGCGCACAUUACAAUUAAUUAUCCACUUAAAUCAUAUUUUAAACAUUUCACUCUUUAAUUACACAGUAAAAACAGAGCAGAGGUGAAGGAUCCAGAACAAGUUUAAUGGAAAUCUAUGGCUGACUAGACCGCUUGAAGAAAUCAUGAAUUGUUGAUUGUUUUUUCUUUACAUGUGCAUUAAGAACAAAGUUCUCUAUUCCAUUAAGAGCAGCCAGUUGUUCUUGAGAAUUUUCUUCGACAGUCAGAAAUUUGCGGACCUCGGCAAGGUAGUGGAAGGCCUGUGCUGCCGUCACAGAGGAUUGCUCUUCUGAUUCCUCUUCACUUUAGCUGCUGUACUGUGCUGGCAGCACCUCAGCCACCAAGUCGUCCAGGGUGUCUUCCCUGCACACGCAGAGGUUAUCAUCGGCAGCCGCAAAUUCACUGAGGUCAGCAGCUAUGUUGUGUGCUUGGAGUGCAGAAAGCACUAGCCUUGCUUCAUCACUCUCCAUUUGCAGGCAGUCUUCACCUUCAUUUCGAGCGCAGUCAGGCAAGGUAUCACUGGUGUGGCCUGGUAUGCGGAAGGCAUGCUGCAAGCAGUUCCGUAUCGUUGCCGAUGUUACUGCACUCCAUGCGUCAGCUAGCAUUCCCACAGACGACAGCAGUGUUACGCUGUACGACAUGGAAUUAUCCAUGCAUAUUAGCAUCCUCUUAAGGAGUAGCUUUCUGUAGUUUAUCUUCAGACAUUUGAUUACCCCCUGAUCCAGAGGCUGGAGGACAGCUGUUGUGUUUGGAGGGAGCAAUUCAAGACGAAUUGCCUCCAGCCCCUCCACGUCACCGUGAGCGGGACAAUUAUCCACUAUCAUCAGCACUUUUCUUUUAUCGCGCUUAAACCGCACGUCAAGUUUCCGCAGCCAAUCCUCAAACAAAGAUUGCGUCAUCCAUGCACGUGUAUUUGCUGCAUAAGAAACGGGAAGAGUUCGGACGCCUUUAAAGCAUCUCGGACGCUUCGAUUUGCCAACAACGAAAAGUACCACUUUAUAAUGAACUAAACGCACAACUACAUUACGUCCAGUGCAUUCAAGAUAUUCAAGAUUCAAGUGCAUUGCAGGAUAUUUCCUUUUCACUUACUGGUUCUCACUCCGCCAGGGCCAGCUGCAGGCUGUGCAGUGGCUGGAGGGCUUCGGGGCAGUGGCUCGGCAGGGACCACUCUUGGCUGCUGCAGUGCUCCUAUAUUGGUUAUAAAGGGUACAUUCACUCAACGGUUAGAGUAGAAAUAGUUUGCAUUCCUUAUGUACAAAACAGAUUCCACAAACAGGAAGGCAACAGGGAAGAGCAAAAGCUUACCUUCACGUGAAAGGCCGCUUGUGCCAGCGGUGGUGCCCACAGAUUGUGUUUGCACGGUCACCUCCAUGGCGGGCUGCUUUAUGUAUAAGAUGCGAAGAAGCAGUUUUGUCAAGUUUGCGUAAUCUGCUCCUCCCAAUGUGCAACUAACGUAGAGUUAUGACAGCAGAAAAAAAAUCUCUUCAAAUCCCAGUAGUAAACCGUCUUGUGCAUGCCAGCAGCAAACACAUGCACAUAAAGGAAGAAAAACUAUGUCUGUUAUACCAGUGUCACGCAGGCACUUUUCAUCUGAAUCGAUCCCGAUCGGGGCAAAAUUUCUCUAUUUCUAUCGCCUCCCUUCCGCGGAAUGAAGAAAGGAGCCAAUGGCUGUCGAGAAAUUCUAUCUAAACUGGGCGCGAUCGCGAAUGAAGCAGCCUGCCUGACUGGGGUAUAACACUGCUUACGCGAUGCAGUAUACACGGCGCAACUACUGUAAAUUGCUGCCGCGUCCUCCCGUUUUUUGGUGCGUUUGUCAAUGGCUUACCUCGUCGAGCGGUUGGAAGAAAAGCUCGCACACUCCCGUCACCGUGGAGGUGCCAACCAAGGCGAUGACACGGCCACGAAGGCCGGGCAGGCGGCCUCCACCCGUGCCGCUGCAAUUACGGACAGCAUUGUAAAUAUCGCGAGCAACAGAACCUCUCCUCGCACUCACCUUUGACUUGCGGAAGCUGCGGCGGCAUCUCAGCGGGAGAGAAAUACCUCCUUCCGCCAAACCUGCCACUUGGCGGCUGGGCCCUCUGUGUUCAGCAGGGCGGCGAGCUAACUCCAAAGCUGCCGCCUACGCUCCACCGUGCACUCCUGUGUGAGUGCGCACGAUGUCCGCACAAGGUACGGAUGGCCCUCCAUGAACGCCACCAACAGUUCAUGUUGGUGUGGCGACACGUGAGGACCACGGUGAAAGACAACUUAGGUGAGCAAACGCCGCCGCCAGCCCUCUGACUAUACUGUUGUGCUUCCUUCUCGCUCGACAGAUGGCGCUUCCAACUUGUGCCCGUAGCGGCGCCGUUCGUGGCUCUAGCACAGCGUCUCCGUAUGCAGCUCCGGGGAAACUUGCGGUCAUCAGCUGAUUUUUUAGGCGUUUGUUAACUGUGAAUCAUCGUUAACUCUGAAAAAGUUGUCCGCAGAUCAGGCCGAGCGUAAAGCCCCUUUAUCGACGCUCGCGCAAGACGACAGAUAACGCUACGAAGAAGCUUUGGUGGAGCGGGAACCAAGCAAGCCAAUAUUACAUAGUUUGCAAUUUUUCUCAGUUAUAACAUAGACAGCGUUUACUUCUCACUAAAGAAUGAGAUGAAGGGCGCAUCAAGUUACCAGUCGCGUUUGAAAAUCCAGCGGCUACGGCCCUCCGAUGGGGAAAUAAAUGAAUAUCUGUGUGUGAAAGCGGCUGAACGCAUGCCUUAGUUCUGUUACGCGAGAA